CUACUGGUACCUACUGUAGACACCCAUGCCGUAAUCUAAACCCCGUCGUCUUCUUGUCCUCGGUGGGGCAGGAAUGAUCCAAAGAUCCAACUCUAACCCUACCGGUACUCUGAAUCUUAAGAGCAGCGGCCGACCGCCAAUCCAAGGCCACAACCACCAAAACUAUCUCAAAAACAUCUUGGCUCUCUCUAAUCCAUACUAGUAGUAACGUAGUAACUCCCCAUUCUCAAAAACACACUGAUUGAUCUGCAUGAGCGGCAUCGACUAUGUCUUCAUCACCUCCUCCUCCACCACCAGAGUCCAAUAUUGCAAGCUCUCAUCAUAAAGCUGUGAUUUUGUUUUACAAGUAUCUGGAUCCGUCAAGCUCCAAGGCAUGUCGUUACCUGCACGAAUAUCCCACCUAUUAUCUCCCCCGCAUCGAACAGUUCCAAAAGGAUUUAUGUGCUCGAUUGGGAUGCAAGGGAAGAAUAUUAUUGGCGGCGGAAGGUAUUAAUGGAACACUCUCGGCAGUCUCCAUGGAUCAGUUGCAAAAAUAUCACCAAGCCAUGGAGCAGUUCGAUUUGUUGCGCCAUUGUGGGUAUCCUCUAGUAGAACUGCAACAACAAUCAACAACGCAAGGGAAUGAAGAAGAAGAUGAAGAUGAUUCUCACUAUAAUAUCUAUACCGACAUUGACUGGAAAGAGUCCUACCUUCAGUCUUCUUCUGCCAAAGACAAGAAAUUGGUGGAACCAUUUCCCAAUCUCAAGAUAAGUGUGGUCAAAGAACUCGUCAGUUCGGGAGGCGUUGUCGGAGUCCAAGAUAUUGCAAACUACGGAGGUGUCCACUUGUCACCAAGAGAGUUCCAUCAAAAGAUUAUUAUGCAACAUGACAAAAAUAAUAAUUCCAAACCAGUCGUACUCAUUGAUGUACGAAAUACCUUUGAACAUGCCAUUGGACAUUUCGUCAACCCCAAUACACACGAAGCUGCCAUGAACCCUGAAAUGGUCACCUUUAGUUCCUUUGAUAAACAGUUUUGUGAAAACCACGCGGAAACGCUCAAAGACAAAACCGUACUCAUGUAUUGCACUGGGGGCAUUCGCUGCGAAAAAGCCACGGUCAUGUUGAAGAAAAGGGGAGUCCAAGAUGUCUUCCAAUUGCAAGGAGGAAUCCAUCGAUACCUGGAAACGUACGGAGAAACGGGUUGCUUUCGAGGGCGAAACUUUCAAUUCGAUCAACGAGUCUCCUUGACUCCAGCAGAGCAUUAUUAUCAACAGAGACAUAGCAGAAGCAGUAGUAGUAGUGCAAUGGACGACGACAACUGCACAGGUAGUAGUACCAAAGAACAUCAACAACAAACAUCUCCCAUUGACAAUCCACAACAAAUCGUUGGCAAGUGUGUCGAAUGCAGUGCUCCAUACGAUGAAAUAUCUGGCUCUCGCAUCUGCACUGUCUGCCGUGAUUUGGUCUUGGUUUGUACGCUUUGCCAAGUCAAAAUGAGAGAAUACCAUUGUCAACGGCAUUCGGAAUGGAAGGCAUAUCAAACCUUUCUCGAAGUCUUUGAGAAGCACGAAUUGCAAGAACAAUGGGAUCAGUUGAAUAGCAUUCUGGAACAAAAACAUGCCGAAUACUCCAAGCAUGUGCGCAAGACGCUACGAAAGCAACUGCAACGGAUUCGGUUGCGCAUGGAAGAAAUCGAAGAGCACCCCGAACGAGUCAAUCCAAACGCACCUCGGCGAUGUCGCUCCUGUCGUGAACCCAACACAAUCUGCAAUGGACUGUGCUGGGGAUUCUGGAAAACAACGUGCCGUGUGGCUUCAUCAGAUACUACUGCAGCAGCUAGUAGUAUUGCCCCGACUGGUAACGAUGUUGGCAACAACAAUGAGACUGUCAACAAGACGGACCAUGCUGCUGGCGACGACAGUACGAAAUCACCACAAUCAUCCAUAGCUGCUGCUUCUCCACCACCACCGAUCCUUCCAAUUUCUACGGGGGACAAGGUCACACCAGGGCCACACUGGAAUGAUAUUCGGUACGGCAAAUCCCUCCAUCCAACGACCGGACGUCCUUUGGAAGGAACAGUGCUGGAGAAAAAGUCUUGGGGGUCGCAUUCGUCCGAGAUGGACUGUGUAACGGUGCAAUGGGAUGAUCCCGAUGCCCUUCCGAGGCGACGUCAAGUGCAAAUCUAUCGAUGGGGUGCCCGAGCCGUCAAUGGGACUCGCAUGUAUGAUCUGGAACCACUGCUGGUGCAGCAGCAUUCGACCGAGCGCUGUGCCGAAUCGAUUCUAGCUACCAGCAGUAGCAAAGUAGUCAGUGCUUGAGAGCACUCGCUGAGCAAAACUUCCGACCCAUGGCUCAAGUGCUGACCCCGGGGGCAAGAGCACGAUCAAAUCCCUUCACGGUAUGUUCCACAAAUACAAAUACAACAUCUUCAUUUGAGUAAUGUAGUAUUGCCAAUGCGCAUAAUUUAGGAAAGAUUAUUGAGGCUGCAGCUGCGGCUGCGUCUACUACAUGUAGUAUCAAGUAAGUUGACUACCGCAGCUAGCGGUACAGUACUAGCUAGCGAUAUUGUCC